CAACCACACACACCUCCAAGCGUAGAUCAAAAUGGCGCUUGCCAAGCUGGCACGAAUAAAAAGAAUUCAGGACGCGACAAAGUUAGUCCUGCAAUCAAGGCAUUUUCACGAUGUCUCUAAAGCUGGAAUUAUUCAAUCAACUAUUGAGCGGGAAUCUUCAGAGUUUCAGGAAAACAAAAAGAGUAUGCUGAGCCUCGUAAAAGACUUAAAAGAUAUGGUUUAUGUCAUCAAAGAUGGGGGUGGAUCAAAAGCAAAAGAAAGGGUAACAUCAUCUGGAAAGCUUUUACCAAGAGAACGUAUUGGACAGUUGUUAGAUCCAGGGUCAGCAUUUCUAGAGUUUUCCCAACUAGCUGGAUAUAAAUUAUACAAAGAUGAAGUUCCCUGUGGUGGCAUUAUAACUGGAAUUGGCACUGUCUCCGGGACGGAAUGUUUGAUAGUUGCAAAUGAUCCAACUGUUAAAGGUGGCACUUAUUACCCAAUAACAGUAAAAAAGCAUGUAAGGGCCCAGGAAAUUGCAAGAGAAAACAGGCUACCAUGUAUAUACUUGGUUGAUUCUGGUGGCGCAUUUUUACCUUUGCAAGCAGAUGUAUUUCCAGAUCGGGAUCAUUUUGGAAGAAUCUUUUAUAACCAGGCAACCAUGUCUUCAUUGGGCAUUCCACAGAUUGCUGUAGUUCUUGGCUCAUGCACUGCUGGUGGUGCUUACAUACCAGCUAUGGCAGAUGAAAGCAUUAUAGUUAAGGAGCAAGGAACAAUUUUUCUAGGAGGCCCUCCAUUGGUACAAGCAGCAACAGGAGAGGUUAUUUCAGCUGAGAAAUUGGGAGGUGCAGAUUUGCACUGUCGGAAUUCUGGCGUAACGGACCAUUAUGCCUUGGAUGACUUCCACGCAUUACAUCUAGCAAGGCAAUGCAUUGGAAACUUGAACAGAAAAAAGGACAUUUCUUUUAUGAAUGUUUCGGAGUCUAUCGACCCAAUUUACCCAGCCGAUGAUUUAUAUGGCAUUGUUGGAGAUAACUUGAAAAAGUCCUUCGACGUUCGAGAGGUUAUUGCACGAAUUGUCGAUGGCAGUAAAUUUGAUGAGUUUAAAGCAAUGUAUGGAGACACUCUAGUAACAGGGUUUGCCUCGAUUCAUGGAUAUCCUGUUGGCAUAAUUGGCAACAACGGUGUUCUUUUUUCGGAGUCUGCUCUAAAAGGAACCCACUUCAUCGAGCUUUGCUGUCAGAGGAAAAUUCCACUGGUCUUUUUACAAAACAUUACGGGAUUUAUGGUAGGAAGAGAAUAUGAAGCAAGUGGCAUAGCCAAACAUGGUGCCAAAAUGGUGACAGCUGUUUCUUGUGCCAAAGUUCCAAAAUUUACAGUUAUCUUAGGAGGAAGUUUUGGAGCAGGAAAUUAUGGCAUGUGUGGAAGAGCAUACAGCCCAAGGUUUACCUACAUGUGGCCUAAUGCACGUAUAUCGGUGAUGGGAGGUGAGCAAGCAGCAACGGUUCUUGCUACGAUUACUAAAAAUCAGAAACAGCGUGAGGGUAAAGAGCUGACUGAAAAAGAAGAAAAGGCAAUAAAAGACCCGAUUAUUAAAAGAUUUGAAGAGGAAGGCCACCCGUACUUCUCAAGUGCAAGGUUAUGGGAUGAUGGUGUGAUUGACCCUGUCGACACAAGAACUGUCCUCGGCUUGAGCAUCAGCGCUUCAUUGAAUGCCCCCGUUGAACAGACACAGUUUGGUGUUUUUAGAAUGUGAUUUAUCUAUUUCCCUGUCAAUUUUUUUAUCAUUAUUUGAUGAAUUUAAAACAUUGUAUUUGAAAACGUAAUUCUCUA